AUGCCUGCUAGAACUCGUCCUGUGGAAAAAAUUGCUAAAGCCUCGGCUCAGUGCUCCGCUGAGGUUGCGGCAUACGGCAAGUGUGUCGUCACGGAUUACAAUUCAGUGCAUAAAGACAUGUGCGCGAAGGAGUUCAUCAGAUUGAAGAACUGCUACUUGGCGGCCUCCAAGAAGGGCUAA